AUGAGCGUACUUAGCCAACCCUCUGAUUUCAGGGUAAAACUCGACUCAUUCCCCAUACUCAAAGAUCUGCACGAGCGCAAAGACUUGGAGUAUGUUCUGAUAGACCUCAUCAAUGUGCUGAUGAGGGAGUACGAGGUGACCUGCAUAGCUAUAAUAUGUGACGAGGUGUACCUUAAUGUGUUUAGUGGACCAUUGUUCAAAAGGACCAGUGCAAUUCCUUAUGUUAUGACCGUCGUGGAAGAUUAUGAGGACCUGUUAUCCCCGAAUUUCGUCACACUAGAGUCUCUGAGAGCAGCAAGGAAAGAAGGUUGUAAUGUUUACGUCAUACUCCUUGCUAACGGACUGCAGGCAUCACGGCUGCUCAGGUUUGGAGACAGACAUCGAAUCCUCGACACAAGAGCCAAGUUCAUAAUGCUACACGACUUCAGAUUAUUCCACAGUGAACUGCAUUACAUAUGGCGAAGAAUAGUCAACAUCAUAUUUAUUAAACACCAUAACAAAAUGACAGGCACAGCAAAAAGCAGGCCAUGGUUCGAACUAUCUACCGUACCAUUCCCUAACCCCAUAAAGGGUGUAUUUGUACCCAGAAGGGUUGACAUUUGGAAAAACGAAAAUUUUCAUUAUAAAAGACCCCUAUUUGCGGAUAAAACGAGUAAUUUGAACGGAGAGGUAUUGAAUGUCGUGUAUUUGGACCACGUACCAUCUGUGGUGGUGAUGAAAAAUAAUGUCAGUACUAAACUGGGUGGUGUUGAAGUUGAAAUAUUGCACACAUUAGCAGAGAAAAUGAACUUCAAACCAAGAGCGUAUCAAGCUGCAAAUGCUGAAAUACACAAAUGGGGACAGAAGCAGCCAAACGGUUCUUUCUCUGGUCUCUUAGGGGAGAUGGUGAACGGGAGAGCUGAUGUGGCUUUGGGAAACCUACAGUACACACCCUACCACUUGGAACUGACAGACUUGAGCAUACCAUACACCUCUCAAUGCUGGACGUUUUUAACCCCUGAAGCGCUUACUGACAAUUCCUGGAAAACCUUAAUUUUACCUUUCAAGCUGUACAUGUGGAUCGCCGUCCUUCUAGUAUUGCUGAUAACUGGGACCAUCUUCUAUGGACUAGCAAAGAACCAUAUGAAUCUUCAGGAAUACAGAAGGAAAUUCAAAUCUAAACGCAGAAACAGUGACGAUGAAAAUGCAAAGCCUGGACUGUACCUUUUUGGAGAAAUAAUAAACAGUAUACUGUAUACUUACGGUAUGCUGCUCGUCGUGUCGUUACCGAGGCUGCCAAUGGGCUGGUCCAUUCGCCUCUUGACUGGCUGGUACUGGCUCUACUGUAUUCUUCUCGUCGUCUCCUACCGAGCCAGCAUGACAGCAAUACUCGCUAAUCCAGCCCCAAGAGUUACCAUUGACACGCUCAAAGAGCUAGUCGACAGUAAAGUAACUUGCGGAGGUUGGGGAACACAGUCCAAAAAGUUUUUUGAACAAUCCCUGGACGAGUACAGCCAGAGAAUCGGCGACAAAUUCGAGACCAUUGACGAUCCCAUGGAAGCAGCCAAUAAAGUGGCUCAAGGAGUAUACGCGUAUUACGACAACUCAGACUUUCUUAAGUAUAUUAGUGUUAUUAGGAAAAAUUCUUUCAUGGAUCCAAAGCAGAACAAUACAACUAAUAAUACUGAAGUGACUGGACGAAAGGAUACUCAAAGGAAUUUGCAUAUCAUGACAGAUUGUGUGGUAAACAUACCUAUAUCAAUAGGUUUUCACAAGAACUCUCCUCUGAAGCCAUUGGCUGAUAUUUAUAUGUGGAGAGUAGUUGAAGUUGGGCUUGUGGAAAAAUGGCUGAAUGAUGCAAUGUAUCAAAUACGGACUCUUGAAACUAGUGAGGAUGAAGUUAAGGCUCUCAUGAAUCUAAAGAAACUCUAUGGUGCUUUUAUUGCACUAGCUAUUGGAUACUCACUUAGUGCCAUUUGCUUGAUAGGAGAAUUAAUUCACUGGCACAUCAUAGUGAAACGAGACCCCAACUUUGACAAAUACGCUCUCCACUUAUAUUACCUGCAUAAAAAUAAAAAACACUAGAAUGUAUUU